ACCGAUAAGGAUAACGUUCUAGUGCUCUUUCCAUAGACACCUCCGAGAGAGCAGUUACCUCGGUGUUUGUAGAAAAUUAUAUGUAAGUUCACUGACUAAGUAACUUAAGCCAGCUCCGAUUGCAUAAAGUGCGUUGGAUAUAGCCAUCGUGUGACUUCCAGACUGCGAAUACGACAGGGUGUUUAGCUAAGUCAAAAGCCUGAAAGAGAAGAGGAUUGAUAGCCAUGCUGAAGUUCGCCAUUAUGCAGUUCACUGUUUACCUUGCUCUUCUUGCGCUUGCUCACCGUUCGUGGGCCCAACCGGCUUAUGGCUACAGUGAGUAUCCUGAGCAUAGUGAUUUGGAUACAGCGGCUCAAGACCACCAUGAAGAGCAGCAUCGGGAAGACAACGAAACUCCUAUGCCAUACUCGUUCCAAUACAGCGCCAACGAUCCUGAAGGAUCCCACUCACAUUCGGCCACAUCUGACGGAAACACUGUCACAGGCGAAUACAGCAUUCAGCUGGCUGAUGGCCGAAUGCGGACCGUCAAGUACACAGCUGACGAGAAUGGCUACCGAGCCGAAAUCGUAACCAAUGAAUUAGGCACAGAGUCAAAAAAUCCUGCUGAUGUAAUCAUCAAAUCAUCAGCCCCCACAGGGCCAGAUGCUGCGUUAGAGGGCUCACCGGCUGCAGUUGCUGCUCCUGCUCCUGCCCCUGCGCCUGCCGAGGUCGAGGCCACCGAGACCCCCGCUGCUAAAACUGACCCUGAUGACGCUUCGGCAUCUCAGCUGGAUCAUGUCUUCGUACAGUCGCCAACUGCCUACAACAGCGAGCGUCAGCAAAGACAAAAGUAUCGGUACUACGGAAGCAGAUACGCUCAUUAUGGAACGCUGGCCAACAAUAAUAAAGAGUUCUUAGUCUCGCGGGGUGUACUCGUCACGCUUUCGUGUUUGGUGGCAAUCGUCGUAAGCCAAGAAGAAUCAUAUCCACCUCAGCCAUUCGAAUUUUCCUAUACAGCUCAAGACCCUGAAGGAUCGCAUUCGCAUUCACAACAAGGUGAUGGCGCCGGAAAGGUAACUGGUGAGUACACUAUCACUUUGGCUGACGGCCGUUCGCGAACCGUGAAGUACACAGCUGAUGAGAAUGGUUAUCGUGCGGAAAUCAUCACGAAUGAAUUAGGAACCGAGUCGAAGAAUCCUGCUGACGUUACCAUCCAAUCAACUGCACCAACUGGCGCGGAAGCCGCUCUACAAGGACCCAGCGCGUCAGCUGCCAAGGCUGCCGCUUCGUAUGCUGAUCCCGUAUACGUGCCGUACGCAUACGUUGCAAAUCAUUACUAAGCAUAUGGACGCGGAUUUAUUCGGCGGUUAACAAUUAUGGGAACACAAAGCCACCUUUCACUGAAGCGACCCAGGCUCAUACGAGGUUGAGUUUUGUUCUCAAGAAGCGACCCAUACAAUGGGCUAACCUCCUUUACUCAACCUGCAAGCUAAAAAACUAUUUUACCUAAAUAUGGAGUAGGUGCACACAGUGGUUUCCAUGUCACCUAGUCACAGAGCUGCCCUUUAACACAACAUUACGGCAGUCCUAUCUGUACCUAACCGAAUCUAGUCCUCAUCAAUAAUAAGCUCCCUAUUAGUACACAAUUAAAAAUUCUAUGUGUGCUUAAUGAUCGCGUCCUAUGGUAUGUUCGCUUCCAUGCUUUCUUUCAUUUGCACCGGUUCGUAAACACUUCAACUCUGUUCUUUUGAUAGCUUCUUUCAACAACCUGCUUAUAUUCUAUAGGUAGCUUUUUACUCUACACGCUUCCAAAUAUCAUCAUAAACGCGUCCAUACGCUCCGCUUUUUUGCCGCAUGUACAUACAAAGAGCUUAAUAUAAAAAUAAAAAAAUAUUCAACAAGAAUUUUCAAAAAAUGUGUA